CCUCACACUGCCAACUCUCCUCCGUCCUCACAUACACUUCCAGACGUCACUUAUUAAUCUUUUCAACUAAAAAAAAGUGACAGCCCUUCAAUUAUCUCUAAAACGGUGAACAACUUCUCAAACUAGUAAGAGAUUUUUACAUCAUUAAAACAUAAAAGAGUGUUGUUUAUCGUCUCCAAAACGCCAAGGUAACUCGUAUACUGUAUCUUCAAAGACGCCAAGAGACUUCAGUUAUAUCCAUAUUGCAGUGGAAUAUGUGGGCGAUGCUAUGGGCGGCUUCAUGGUGGGUGGUGUGGGCGGCAAUGAGAGCGGUGUUGUGUGCUGGGGUGGUGACGGGCGGAGUGGCUGCUGGGGGAAGGUCCUCAGACCCCAACGUGCAGCACGGGGACAUGGGCCAGAUCCUACUUGACCCUAAUGAUCUCUCUGACCUGCCCCUCGGCUCCCCAGACACGAUGGACACAGACAUCCCUGGUUCGCCUCUCAGUCCGGCCGACUUCGAGAACAGCGCCGAGAUGAUUCACGACACGGUGGACACUAACAGCCAGGCUGACCCCAUAGAGUUGGCUGGCCUCUUCCAGGGUGACAUAAUGCUGCACCAUGGCGAUAUACUCCUCGACCUGCCUCAUGGGGCAGCCAAAGGUCAUCACAGGUCAGGUCGCAGUGCCCUCAUCGACGUACACAGACGCUGGCCCAAUGGCAUUAUUCCCUACGUCAUAUCUCAAACCUAUGGUGAGACAGAGAGAGGGACCAUCGCCAAAGCCAUGAGUGAGUUCCAUGCCAAGUCCUGCAUCCGCUUUGUCCCUCGUACCAUCGAGAAGGACUACAUCCACAUCCUCAAGGGCGACGGGUGUUCAAGUUCGGUGGGUCGGGCAAAGGGUGCUCAACAGGUGUCCUUGGGCCCCGGGUGCCUGUACGUGGGUAUAGUCAUGCACGAGUUCAUGCACGCCGCGGGGUUCUGGCACGAACAGUCCCGCUCUGACCGUGACAACUUCAUCACCAUCAAUAAACUGAACGUACAGGACGGCAUGUGGCACAACUUUGAGAAGUACGGCUGGGACAAGAUACAGAGUCUUGGCAUAGAUUAUGAUCUGGAGUCGGUGAUGCAUUAUGGGCCAUACGCCUUCGCCAAAGAACGGAAGCCGACUAUUAUACCCAGAGAUGCAGGCAAAGAAAUAGGCCAAAGACGAGGGUUCACCAAGUCAGACGUGGCCAAACUACAGAAGCUCUACAACUGUGCCGAUACCUCCACCUACUUCGUCACCAACAGCGCCCCUGAGGUCCUCGUUGACGCCCUCACAGAGGAGUGUGCAGACAACGUGAAACACUGUCAGAUGUGGGCAGAUAUGGGCGAGUGUGAGCUGAACCCAACUUGGAUGUAUGUCAGCUGUAGGAAGGCCUGCAGACAAUGCGUAAUGCCAGGUGGUGCCGCAGGUAAAGAGUGCCAGGACCUUAGAAUUUACUGCAGGAUAUGGAGUGAGAAAGGGAAUGUACCCGCAACCCUGACUACAUGACCAUCUACUGCAAGAAGUCCUGUGGCAUCUGUCAGGACCAUCAACAAGUAAACCCAACAACGAGCUGCGAGGACAAGAACAAGUAUUGCAAGUCCUGGAGCAAGACGGGUCAGUGUCACUCCAACAAGAUCUACAUGCUAGUCUACUGUAAGGUCGUGUGGACAGUGCUAACUCUCCGCACUGCCAGUCCUCUUUAUCGAUCUCCUGUCUUCACUCCAUUCUACAAGGAGCGCUGUAGUGGAUCCACUGCAAAUCGCUCCCGAAAAUACUGUGUUGCACACGAGCCUUAAAACACAUUAUGGAGCAACAAGAAUACUGUGUCUCCGCCUUCACUUGCUGUUCUCGCGCUCUUGUGUUAUUGUACCCCCUACCGCUGGUCCUCUUCCUGGUUAAGGGGAAAUAAAUGUUUUUCAAUAUUGUGUUAAUCCUUUUGGGAGUUUCGUGAACUUAAGGUGAAAGUUUGUAUAUUCAUUAAUGUUCACACGAAAGUUACAGAACUUUCCAAAGAAUAAGAAAAAAAUAUUUUCUUUUCGUUGCCGGAUACAUCAAAUAACAUUACUAUGAUGGAAUAAGUUUCUGAAUGCAUAACAUUGUUUAACAUAAACAUUAAAUUGAUACUCUCCAGAAUGGGUAAGAAAUAUCUUACAAAAUACAUAUAGACUGUUUGUGUACUCUUUGUUAUACAUUCGUAUUAAUACACUACUCAGGGCUUAGUCAAUAAAUGAAAGGUAGUAGAGUGCUAUUAAGCUUGCUGAAUUAUGUUUACUUAACAUACUACAGUAUAUAGAACUCCAUGGUAGACAACGUUGGUAAAGAGAGGUUAAUAAAAAUACCUAUAUUAAAAUAUAUCCUGAUAAAAAUAGUAUUUUCUUUUUAUUUGUAUGUAUCUUUCGUUUGUUAUAGUCAAUUUCAAUUUUUAGUGUGAUUUUAUCAGAUGAGAGACGUCGAAGAAAUAAUUAAACCUUAUUUAAAAUUUUAUCGACAUCCGAAUGGUAUUUUGAUUUUGUAGACCUAUCUCCUUUAAAAUCCUUCGAAGACAAUUUCUAUGUAAUCUGAUGUAAUA